AUGAAAGUGAUAGUGACCCUGACGCUGAUGACGGCGAGCUGGCUGUUGGGCGCGUGCCACGCCAACCCGUUCAAGGGAACGCGCACGUACAACCUCGAGUCGGACGCGGAUCGCUACGGGCGGUACGAACGGGUUCUGCUCGGGCUGCGGACAUCCGAAGGUCUCCGGCUGGAUCCGGCCCUGCUCGAGGAGGUCCGCCAGGUGCUGCUGGACGAGGAGCGCGCGGAGUCGGCCGCGAGCGCCGAACGGUACCGCACCGUGGACGUGCACCUGGCCAAUCCGCAGCAAUCGCGACACGUUGCCGAACUGCUCUACCGGGCGCGACUUCAGACUUCGAGGGCGGACCAUAACCGGGCCGCGUGA